CCGGAAGCGGAAGUGGACGGUGAGGGUGACGCCUUCUCGCCGCCGCCGUCGCGGUGCGUCGUUGUGUGGUGGCGGAAAGAUGGCAGCGGCCAUAGAGUAAGCGGCGGCGGCGGGCCCAGCGCCGGGCCCCGGUGCAGGGUGAAGAUGAAGUAGUGCUCUGACCAUGGACCAUGAUGCCCCCACAAUCAAGCCCCGCCGCAUCCAGAACCAGAAUGUCAUCCACCGCCUGGAGCGCCGUCGGAUCAGCUCUGGCAAGGCCGGCACCCACUGGCACCAGGUCCGCGUCUUCCACCAGAAUGUCUUCCCCAACUUCACCGUGGUCAAUGUGGAGAAGCCGCCCUGCUUCUUGCGCAAGUUCUCCCCCGAUGGGCGCUACUUCAUCGCCUUCUCCUCCGACCAGACAUCCCUGGAGAUCUACGAGUAUCAGGGCUGUCAGGCAGCAGAGGACCUCCUGCAAGGCUACGAGGGGGAGAUCCUGGCUAAUGGCAAUGACCAAAGAUCUGUCAACAUCCGAGGGCGGCUCUUUGAGCGCUUUUUUGUCCUGCUCCAUAUCACCAAUGUGGCCUCUAAUGGGGAGCACCUGAACCGUGAGUGCAGCUUGUUCACUGAUGACUGUCGGUACGUCAUCGUUGGCUCUGCUGCUUACCUGCCUGAGGAGCCGCAUCCGCCCUUCUUUGAGGUUUAUCGCAACAGUGAGUCGGUGACCCCCAACCCUCGCUCCCCUCUGGAAGAUUAUUCCUUGCAUAUCAUUGACCUCCACACGGGCAGGCUCUGUGACACGAGGACUUUCAAGUGUGACAAAGUCAUCCUCUCUCAUAACCAGGGGCUGUACCUCUAUAAGAACAUCUUGGCCAUUCUCUCUGUGCAGCAGCAGACGAUUCACGUCUUUCAGGUGACACCCGAGGGGACUUUCAUCGAUGUGCGGACAAUUGGUCGCUUCUGCUAUGAGGAUGAUCUCCUGACGCUGUCUGCGGUGUAUCCCGAGGUGCAACGGGACUCUCAGACAGGGAUGGCAAACCCUUACAAAGAGCCCUUCAUAAACUCUUUGAAGCACAGGCUGCUGGUGUACCUGUGGAGGAGGGCAGAGCAGGACGGCAGUGCGAUAGCAAAGAGGAGGUUCUUCCAGUAUUUUGAUCAGCUGAGGCAGCUCCGCAUGUGGAAGAUGCAGCUUUUGGAUGAGAACCAUCUGUUUAUCAAAUACACUAGUGAAGAUGUGGUCACACUGCGGGUAACAGAUCCUUCACAGCCUUCAUUCUUCGUCGUGUACAACAUGGUGAGCACGGAGGUUAUAGCUGUGUUUGAGAAUACAUCUGAUGAGCUGCUGGAGCUGUUUGAGAACUUCUGUGACCUCUUCAGGAACGCGACUUUGCACAGUGAGGCAGUUCAGUUCCCCUGCUCGGCUUCCAGCAACAACUUUGCCAGGCAGAUCCAGCGCCGGUUCAAAGACACUAUUGUGAAUGCCAAGUAUGGAGGACACACAGAGGCCGUGCGGAGGCUGCUGGGCCAGCUUCCAAUCAGUGCCCAGUCAUACAGUGGCAGCCCAUACCUCGACCUCUCCCUUUUCAGCUAUGAUGACAAGUGGGUGUCUGUCAUGGAGCGGCCUAAGACCUGCGGUGAUCACCCUAUAAGAUUUUACGCUCGUGAUUCUGGCCUCCUGAAGUUUGAAAUCCAGGCGGGACUCCUGGGGCGACCCAUCAAUCACACAGUGCGACGCCUGGUUGCGUUCACCUUCCACCCCUUCGAGCCCUUUGCCAUCUCAGUGCAGCGCACGAACGCGGAGUACGUGGUAAACUUCCACAUGAGGCAUAGCUGCACGUAGGGCAACGCAUGGGCAGGGCAGCUCUUCUCCUCGGGUCUGGGCCUCUGCCACAGACAGACCAAAGCCAGGCACUCACACCUUCUAGGAAACCAAACCAUCGAUCGCGUCAAGAGAUCUGACCUGGGAGCUCCCACCUGCCGGCAUCUCGCAGUGCCCUUGGCUGUGAAAAGGUGAUCUGUUGAAGUCAGACCUGCAAAUUUUUCUUCUCACUCUUUUCAUACCGCAGCGGUUCCCACUGCAUUAAGCACUGCUGUUGUUCCCUAUUCCUGUUGAUGAACAAAGUGUAGCUGAGAUUUGUUUCUCAAUUUCCCAGAGGCAUGUCUGUUUUCUCUCCUGUUGUAUUUAGGAUGGCAACCACGGAGCUUUGCAACAUAUUUGUGGAGUGCUCCCUUCUGCACUGAUGCUUUCCUACUUUGUCAAGACAAACAGCCUGUCCUAGAGGGAAUGGAUAGAAGCCAUGGGGAGAGCUUAGAAAUACAGCUACCUGUAUUUGUAUCACCAGUAUUACUAGGGAAAUGAAAUCCUGUUCUCAUCCACACCAUCUUCUUGCACGAUUUUAAUAUGCAAGAGGUUAGGCAAAGCUGUGAGAAAUCACUGGAACUGAGAGAGAUGAGGUGUAUUCCUGACUCUUAUGCAAGUAAUUUAAUCUUUGUGCCUUAGUAUCCAUAAAGCCCCUAAGUGGAAGGUGGUAAGUUAGUACCAGAAAGCCUGUGCAGCUGAUUGUGUCUCUGGCGCAUGAAAAAGAGGGCAAGAAGG